CCCGCCUCCCCACCUCCGCCCCCCCCCCCGGGACCCCCAGGGCCCGCCCCCCGCCCGGAACCCCUCCGCCCCCCGACAGACGGGCCCGCGUUACCUCCAGGCCCAGGGGGUCCCCCUGACCCCCUCCCCAGGUCACAGCCCCCCCCCCGGGCGGAGAUGGAAGCCAACAUCAGCGACGAGAGCGUCCACUUCCAGAGCUACCCCUUCGACUUCCUCGAGUUCCUCAACCACCAGCGCUUCGAGCCCAUGGAGCCCUACGGCCACGAGCACCCCAAAACCCUGCCCGCCCUCCCCUGCCCCCAGCCCCCCUUCGACUACGCCCCCCCUCCCGGCGCCCCCCCCUUCGACCGCCCCCCCGCCGCCAAGCACAAGGACUUCAAGGCCGAAGGCGGCACCUCGUCUUCCUCCUCCUCCUCCUCCUCCUCCACCUCCUCCCAGCCGAAGAAGGCGGAGGGCGGCGUGGGGGUGCAAGCGGGGGCCCCCCCGUACCCCAGCCCGGCCGUGGCCCCCCCGCCGCAGCCCCUCUUCGAGGCCGCCGGCGCCUUCAACGCGCCCCAGUGGGGCAUCGUGGACCUCUCCAGCCACCAGCACCUCUUCGGGGGGCUGAAACGGGGCGGGACGGUGGCGGUGGCGGCGGGGACGGCGGCGGCGGGGACCCCGGUGGCUCCCCCGGCCCCCCCGGAGGCGUCGUCGAAGGAGGAGAAGAAUUAUUUCCGCCGGCUGAAGUAUUUCAUGGAGCGGCGCUUCCCUUGCGGCGUCUGCCAGAAGUCCUUCAAGCAGUCGUCCCACCUGGUGCAGCACAUGCUGGUGCACAGCGGCGAGCGGCCCUACGAGUGCGGCACCUGCGGCCGCACCUACAACCACGUCUCCAGCCUCAUCCGCCACCGGCGCUGCCACAAGGAAACCGCCGAGGACGGCGGCGCUGCCGGCGGCGCCCCCGCGGCGGUGGCCACCACCUCCGCAGUCAUGCCGGCACCCAACGGGGCCGGCGGCGUCUUGCCGGCGCCCAACGGAGUCAACCCGUUGGCGGGCGGGGUCAACCUGGCAGCGAGCGGCGUCUUGCCGGCGCCCAACGGGGUCAACGCGGCGCCCAACGGGGUCAACGCGGCGCCCAACGGGGUCAACGCGGCGCUGAGCGGGGUCAUCCCGGCGCCCAACGGGGCCGCCGCGGCGCUGAGCGGCGUCAUCCCGGCGCCCGGCGGCGUCAUCCCGGCGCCCGGCGGGGUCAUCCUGGCACCGAGCGGGGUCAUCCCGGCGCCCGGCGGCGUCACUUUGGCUCCCAGCGCAGGCGCCGCCCCGGCGCCCAGCGGCGCCGCCCCGGACGGCCCCUUCACCUGCUCCUUGUGCUGGAAGGUCUUCAAGAAGCCGAGCCACCUCCACCAGCACCAGAUCAUCCACACCGGGGAGAAGCCCUUCACCUGCUCGGUGUGCGCCAAGAGCUUCAACCGGCGCGAGAGCCUCACGCGCCACGUCAAGACGCACUCGGGGCUGCUGCGGGUGCCCUGCGCCGUCUGCGGGAAGGAGUUCCGGGAUCCGGCGUACCUGCUGCGGCACCAAGCCGCCCACAGCGGCCAACGCCCCGACUACAAGUGCGAGGUGUGCGGCAAAGCCUACGCCGCCCCGCAGAGCUUGCUGCGGCACCGGCAGGUCCACGCCGGCCCCAAGGCCGGCGCGGCGGCCUACGCCGGCGUCCCCAAGGGCGCGGCGACGGCGGUGCCGGUGUUCCCCGGCGCCUACGCGGCGCCGGAGGGGGAGGCGAAGGCGGGCGACGGCGGCGGCGGGGGCGGCGGGGGCUUCUUGUCCCCGCCGCCGGCCGCGUUGCUGGCGCCGGGGAAGAGUUUCGGCUGCGGCAUCUGCGGGCGGGCGUUCGGCCGUCGGGAGACGCUGAAGCGGCACGAGCGGAUCCACACCGGGGAGAAGCCGCACCAGUGCGCCGUGUGCGGCAAGCGCUUCCGCGAGUCCUUCCACCUCAGCAAGCACCACGUGGUGCACACCCGCGAGCGGCCCUACAAGUGCGAGCUCUGCGGCAAAGCCUUCGGCUACCCGCAGAGCCUGACCCGGCACAAGCAGAUCCACCGGCUGCCGUUACCCUGCGGCCUGGGGGGCGCGGGGACCCCCGCCGAAGGGCUGAGCUACGGCUGCGGCGAAUGCGGCGAGCGUUUCCCCGACCUCUUCCGCGCCGUCAACCACAAGGAAGCCCACGCCGGGGAGAAGCCCUACGGCUGCGACGCCUGCGGCAAAGCUUUCGGCUUCAUCGAGAACCUGAUGUGGCACAAGCUGGUUCACCAAGCCGCCCCCGAGCGGCUGCUGCCGGAGGCGGGGGCGCCGCCGGCCGAGAGCGGGCUGCAGCCCCCCGAGGAGCACCCGGUGGUGCCGAGCGGCGAGCGUUUCACCUGCGGCACGUGCGGGCAGAGCUUCAAGCACUUCUUGGGGCUGGUGACCCACAAGUACGUCCACCUGGUGCGGCGGACGCUGGCGUGCGGCGUCUGCGGGCAGAGCUUCGCCGGCGCCUACGACCUGCUGCUGCACCGGCGCCGGCACCUGCAGAAGCGCCACUUCGGUUGUUCGGUCUGCGGGAAGCGGUUCUGGGAGGCGGCGCUGCUGAUGCGGCACCAGCGGUGCCACACGGAGGAGCGGCCGUACCGCUGCGCCGUCUGCGGCCGCGGCUUCCUGCGCUCCUGGUACCUGCGGCAGCACAAGGUGGUGCACACCGGCGAGCGCGCCUACAAGUGCGCGCUCUGCAACAAGCGCUUCGCCCAGUCCUCCAGCCUGGCCGAGCACCAGCGGCUCCACGUCGUCGCCCGCCCGCAGCGCUGCCAAACCUGCGGCAAGACCUUCCGCUACCGCUCCAACCUCCUGGAGCACCGGCGCGUUCACCUGGGCGAGAAGGUGUACCGCUGCGAGCUCUGCGGCAAGAGCUUCUUCUACCUGUCGUCCAUCCUGCGGCACCAGCGCUCGCACGACGCCCGCCGCGACCUGCGCUGCUCCGCCUGCCUCAAGCUCUUCAAGGACCCCAAGUACUUCAGCAAACACCUCCAGACCCACCAGGGCGGGCGCCCCUUCAAGUGCAGCACCUGCGGCGAAGCCUUCCGCAACACCUACGGCCUCAAGAAGCACCGGCACGGCCACAAGCUCGAGCGCCUGGCCGCCCUGGCGCACAAGGACGCGUGAGGACGGGGCUCGGCGGCGGGGCUGGGGGCUGCGGGGCGGCGCGGCGGGGCUCGGGGCGGCUCGGCGUGGUGCGGCGGGGGCCCAGCGUGGUGCGACGGGGCUUGAGAGCAGCUCAUCGUGGUGCAACGGGGCCCGUCGUGGUGCAACGGGGCUUGAGAGCAGCUCAUCGUGGUGCAACGGGGCUUGAGAGCAGCUCAUCGUGGUGCAACGGGGCCCGUCGUGGUGCAACGGGGGCCCAUCGUGGUGCGACGGGGCUUGAGAGCAGCUCAUCGUGGUGCAACGGGGCCCAUCGUGGUGCAACGGGGCUUGGAGGAGCUCAUCGUGGUGCAACGGGGCUCAUCGUGGUGCAACGUGGCCCGUCGUGGUGCAACGGGGGCCCAUCGUGGUGCGACGGGGCUUGAGAGCAGCUCAUCGUGGUGCAACGGGGCCCGUCGUGAUGCAACGGGGGCCCAUCGUGGUGCGAUGGGGCUUGGAGGAGCUCAUCGUGGUGCAACGGGGCCCGUCGUGAUGCAACGGGGGCCCAUCGUGGUGCGACGGGGCUUGAGAGCAGCUCAUCGUGGUGCAACGGGGCCCAUCGUGGUGCAACGGGGCUUGAGAGCAGCUCAUCGUGGUGCAACGGGGCCCAUCGUGGUGCAACGGGGCUCGUUGUGGUGCAACGGGGGCCCAUCGUGGUGCAACGGGGCUCAUCAUGGUGCGACACGGCCCAUCGUGGUGCGAUGGGGCCCAUCGUGGCACAACAGCUUGGGAGCAGCCCGUCGUGGUGCGACACGGCCCACCGGACACAGGGGAAUCCCGUCCCCGGGACCCCCGGGGCGCAUGGACAUGCACGCCCCACCCCCACCCCAGCACCGCGCCUGGACACCCGGUUCCCCCCCGGGGGGGUGUGUUGGGGUGCAGGGAGACCCCGCCCCCACCCUCCUCGCCCCGGAGGGAUUUUUUAACACCACAGGUAUAUAAAUAAACGAAAUAUAAAUUUAUAUAUAUAUAAAGUAUCUAUAAGGGAGAGUUUCCGCCCCCCCGCCUGGCGAGGGGUCCCGGCGCGGGCAGAGACCGGCCGCAGCUCGCCGCAGCGAUGGGCGGGGGCGGGGGGGCGCGGCCUUCGACCGGGGAUGUACAGACGAAGCCGAUAUUAAACCGUGGAUGCGACCGUG